AUGGCAGAUCCUCAGUUCCAUCACCCUGGUAAAAUCAGCAUGCUGCUCGGCAAUAAAAUAUUCUCUCAACUUCUCGAGCCUGGUGGUAUCAACCUCAGCUCCGAUGGCAGCCUACCGAUUCUUCUAAACACCAAACUUGGUUGGGUGGUCUCCGGUGGCUACAAAAACGACGUUCAAUUGAUCCCAUCCCCUCCUACACCAUCGUGCCUCAUAACCAUUACCGAUGAGACCCUUUCCACGCAGCUGCAACGGUUUUGGGAAAUUGAGGAAUAUCAACCGCCGAAAACACACUUGAGCGAUACAGAGGUUCAGUGUGAAAAGCAUUUCUCUCAACACACAACUCGUGAUGAAUUCGGUCGUUUGACUGUUCGUUUUCCAUUUAUUGAAAGGCCUGACCAGCUGGGAGAAUCCCGUGAGAUCGCAGCUAAUAGAUUUGCCCACUUAGAACGAAAACUCGAGAAGAAUCCCAUACUCAAAACUCAGUAUCACCAAUUCAUUCGAGAGUACAUCGACAUGGGUCAUACGUCUCUCGCAUCAAAUGCGCCUCCCAAAACAGCUGUUUUUCUGCCUCAUCAUUGUGUUGUGAAGGCGGAUAGUAGCACCACAAAACGCCGAGUGGUUUUCGAUGCGUCAGCAAAAACAAGCAACGGGAAGUCCCUCAACGAUAUUUUGCUGGCGGGACCUGUAUUGCAACCUGCGCUCAUCGACAUUUAA